CCCAGUUUCCAUUUGCAAUUUUGCAUUCAGUUUUGAAAAACUUUACUAGACUUUUUAAUGUUUCUUUUUACUUUUUAAUUACUUUGAUUCACAAGUUAGUUAUAGUUUUCUAGUUGUUCCGUGCUUUAGUCGUGACGUGAAAUAAAAUUGUGUUUACUAGUGACUUUCAAGUGAAUUUCUGUAAGACAAAGAAAAUACCAUUUUUAUACAUUAAAAAAUUGCUUAAAUACUUGGCGCAAUAUAUUUGGCACAUAUCAUGAUUUGGUGUUUGCGAUGUUUAUGUUUGUUUGUGAAAUAUUUAAUUUCAUUGUUCAUUAUGUUUUUAAUUUUUUAAACUUAUUUGUGAUUUGUGCCAUGAAACUAAGCGGUGGAACUCAGAAGAAAAUAAAUCAGACUGAUAUUGACGGAGAGGAUAAAUUUCCAAAAAUAUAUAUAAACAAAGACAUUAUAAAUAACAACAACAAAACAUAUACAGACAGAAAUGUAAAUCGAAAUAUAUACGGAUACGUGAACGAUGUAGUUUAUUCGAUAAAUGGUGAAUUUUACAAAGUUCAAAACCAGCCCUUGAAGUAUCAAGUAGUUUGUAUAUACGCAAAGAAAAUGGACACGCCGAACUUUUUCAAAAUGUUCGACACGGACGAGAGGUACUGCGCGCUACCCGAUUCUGAUGAAGAGAACUCUGAUGAUGAUAUAGCAGACGAAAGUGACUUUCUGGCUGUUACUUUGCUGAAGUUACCGCAUGGUGUUAUUAUAAAUUCUAGCGUUUACUUACCCAUCUAUCAGUGGAACACGCUGGUUUUCUACAACGUCAAAAACGUACGCUGCUUCGUGUGUGACGAAUCUUUCCAUUUCAAUGACUGUGCUAGCCACAUUUCAAAUGAUAUGCAUGAGAAAGCCUUGAGUUCGUGCAAACCGUUGCAGAUGUUUGAUUUGAGCAUUAUAAGACAGAUCGUAGAGAGGUACCAUUGCGCUGUUUGCAAUGAAGUAUUUGAUAUUGAGGAGGUAGAUGAUCAUAAUGCGGCUAAAUCACACGAGAACAACUAUUUGUUCGCCAUCAACAAAGCUCUGGAUAUCUUUGUUGAUGGCGAUCACACUAGAGACAGUAAGAAAACUGAAUGCUACCAUUUUGAUGCGGACGCUUUAAAUAAUAGACAGCACGAGGACUGUAACAGUAUUAGUGACGAUAUCAUUGAUGAUGAUGUCGUAGAUGAUGAUGAUGAUGAAAUUGUUGAUAAUGAGAAUGAUCUGUUUAUGGGCAUGUCGUACGCAGCUAUGACGAAAAAGCCCACAAUAAAACUACCCAAAUACGUUUACAAGAGUAAUGGUAACAAACAAUUCAGAGUCACCGUCGAGUCGUGGCAUAUGGUGUUGAUAUUGAAGAAUAAUAAAUUCUAUUGUAUGGUGUGUAAAUAUUCUGACCAUAUUGGCAAUAAAUCUAAGCAUUGUAUGGGAGCUGAUCAUGUCGGAAAUUUAGAUAAGUGCAAAGUACUACCUGCUUACACUAGUUAUUUGAUUAGACAGGUCGACGAAAAGAAAGUCCACUGUGCACAUUGCAAUAACCUUGAAUUCAAUUAUCAAAUCGAAGAACACUUGGAGAGUUGGCAUUCGAGGGCUGGUAGAAAUGUGAUUCAGGACGCAAUGCCUUCAACAUCUCAAGUUGUGAAUAACAAUACAGGAAAUGCAUAUGACAAAGUAACUAACGGAUAUAUAAGCAUUGGUAAUCCUGCAAGGAACACUAACAUACCUAUCACUUUUGAUGGAAGUGAUAGAUAUAUUAAUGAAGUGAACAAAGUGAAUAAAAUAGAAAAUAUAAAUUGUGAUAGUCUUUAUUCUAACAUUGUUUUAAAUGUUUUCAAUUAUAAUAUGCGUGUCCAAAUGAUAUCAUUUCAUGUUGUAUGCGAAAAAGUUGAUCAUUAUUUAUGUGGUUUGUGUGAUAUGAAGGAAAGCAAGGAUAGAAUACUAUGCCAUAUUGAAAGCGUCAUGCAUGUGAGUUUCCUUCAUGCUCAUCCUUUCAUACCACAAUUCGGGUGUCACCUGUUAAGAGAUAUCCGAGGCGCAUUCCAUUGCGGUCUAUGCAAUAUACCUAUAAUAAAAGACGAUAACGUGAUACGUGGCCACGUACAGGAUCCAAAUCAUUUGUUAAAAUUAAACUUAGCAUUAGGUAUUAAGGCGCCCGUUAACGUUCUACCCGAUUUGAAGCAAAACAUGGGAAAACCAGAUGCAGUUAAUAUGGAAGAUGCCAAGACAACAGUGAGUGUGGAUGAAACUGUUGAUGUAAUAAAUAGAAGCGAAUUAAUUGCAAACAAUAUCGAUUUGGAUACAAAUGUAAUAGUGAAGAAUGAUAAUAAAACUAAAUUAGAGACAAAUAUAAAAGAUGUAGCCUUAGAAAUAGAAACACCAUUAAAUGUGGAAGCAAAAGUGUUUGUGAAAUUAGACGCAGACUAUUAUAAGGUCACUUUGACCUCGUAUAAUUCACUGGUCGCCACCGGCAGCGGUUCCAGACACUGUUUCGUUUGUAGCACAGAAGUUGAUUUUGAACAUUUGCAAAGACAUAUAGAGUCACGUGAUCACGAGAAGAAUCUGGAGGAAUGCAAAUUUUUGGAUAGUUACAAGAAUCAUUUGAUCCGUCAGUCCUACCUCACCUAUCACUGUGCCUUAUGCAACAUUAUAAUAUACCGUUCAGACUUACCGCAACAUUUGGAAUGGCCUCACCAUAAUCAGAUUAUAGAAGAGAACGCAGCCAUCUCAAGGAAACAACGCAAGAAUCUAAUUAAAUCUGGUUUUAAAUUAUACACUUUGUCCUGUCAAAAGGAAAUCAUUUAUCGUGGUGUGAAAGAACCGCACAUACACUACCAUCUGGUGGCAGAAAUUGUACACGUGCCGGUUAAGAAGAAUAAAAUAGUUAUUGUUUAUGAUAACGUAUUGAAAGUUAAUUGGAGCGCUUGGAAUGGUAUCACAAUGGGCAUUUCUGCAUAUAAAUGUUUGUUAUGCCAAGAACAACUAUUCGAUGUUAACGCACAUGUCAAAACAGUGGAGCAUGUAAAAAAUACCAAAAAAUCAUUUAUUGAACAGUAUUAUCCGGCUUUAUUGAGAGAGGUAAAUAGUGAAUUAAUAAACUGUAUAAUUUGUAAUAAUGAAGUGCCAAAUAAAGAUAUAACUAUCAACAAUCAUACAAAUGGAAAGAGACAUCUGAAGAAUUAUGCUAAUUUGCUUAAUGAAAGCUCUAAAGUUAACGCCUACGAGAAUUGCGACGAAGAUGUCUUGAUUAUCUAAAUUGAGAGCGGAAAGGAAAAUAAAAAAGAAAAAAAAAACUGACCGAAUAAAAAUUAAAAAAAAAAUCCAUUAUGAAAACCAGAUUUCUCUGAAAUCUCGGAAAUCUGGUUCUCUAGAUAUCUGGUCUCUUAAAAAAAAAACUAUGAUUA